UGCGCGGAGGUAGAGCGUGGGAGGGAGAGGGGCGGGGGAAGGGGAGGGGGAGAGAGAGAGAGAGAGAGAGAGCGGUCCCUCAAAGAAACAAAGGAAGAAGAAGUGGGAAGCUGAAAUAGUGCUUCAGCGCGAACAUACAAUUCCCUGAUGGGGCGGUAGCGUCUAUCAGAUGAAUGGAUAGUGGGGUGCGUGCGGCAGUUGUUCUUCCUCCCGGUGUAGUUAGGGGUAGCGCAAUUGCUGGCAACCUGAAUGGUGGGGGUGAUCCCCGUCUCGGUGGCGCAGGCGAUCAGCCGGCAGAAAAUCAGGAUGGAAGUGGUGAUUUCAUAGGGCCCGACGAUGGAGUGACUCUAGAGCCCUAUGUUGGUAUGGAGUUUGAUUCGGAAGAGGCCUGCAAGGAUUUCUACAAUGCCUAUGCCCGGCGAACGGGCUUUAGCGUCCGAAUUGGUUCCACGAGUCGUUCGGCCCGUGACAGGGCGAUCAUCGGCCGGUACUUCUAUUGUUCCAAGGAAGGCUUUCGCCAGACGAAGAACAAGGGUGAUAGUCAAGAGAACAAGAAGAGAAGGGUACGCUUGGUCACGCGAGAAGGGUGCCCGGCGAAGUUGGUGGUUCGGAAGGAUGGUAGUGGCAAGUGGGUAGUUCGAAUUUUUGUAAAGGAUCACAACCAUCCCAUGGUUCUGCCCAACAAGGUGCAGUAUCUUCGAUCUCACAGGAGCUCGUCCACUACUGCGCAGAGUCUGAUUGAUAAUUGUAUGGAAGCUGGAGUGGAUGUUAACCUGAUGAUGGCUUAUUUGAAGAAGGAAGCCGCUAGGAUCACAAAACUUGGGAUUCUUGAACGCGAUUCUGGGAAUUUGGCGAGCGUUGCUCGCUCCAAGGUAGUAGAGAGUGAAGAUGCACAGGCGGUACUUGACUAUUUUAAGCAAAUGCAGGCAAAGAACCCAGGCUUUUUUUAUGCAAUACAGGUCAAUGAUGAAGAAUGCAUGACUAAUUUUUUCUGGGUUGAUGGUAGAGCAAGAACAGCUUAUAAGUACUUUGGGGAUGCAGUCACAUUUAUCAUGACCCACAGACCAAAUAAAUAUAAGAUGCCUUGUGCUUUGUUCACAGGCCUGAACCACCAUCGACAAACGGUGUUCUUUGGUUCUGCUCUGCUCUUGGAUGAAAGUGAAUCAUCAUUUGUUUGGCUGUUUAAUACAUGGCUUGAGGCCAUGUCUGGUCACCAACCUUUCUCAUUGAUCACAAACCAAGAACACGCUCUAGGAGCAGCAGUGGCUCGAGUAUUCCCGGAGACUCGUCAUUUUUAUUCUGUGGGGCACAUCCUCAAGAAAGCUGAUGAAAAAUUGUCACAACUCUACCAGACACACAAAAACUUCAGAGAGGAUCUUCAAAAGGUCAUCCAGACUUCGGAGACUGUAGAUGAGUUUGAAGAAUGUUGGAGAACCCUUUGUGAUGCUUAUGAUUUUAAGGAGAAUCAGUGGAUUCAUUCCCAGUAUAAAAUUCGGCACAAGUGGGUGCCUGCAUACUUGCGCAAUACAUUCUUUGGCGAUGUAUCGACAACUGAAAGAAAUGAUAGUAUUAACUCCAUCUUUGAUGGGUCUGCGAAUGUCAGUACUAGUUUGCAUGACUUUAUAAUGCAGUAUGACAGAUCAUUGGAAAGCCGUUGUGAAAAGGAGAUGCAUGCAGACUUUGAAACAAAUAGCAUGCCAGCAACUGUGAAGACGGCAUGGCCACUAGAAAAAGAUGCUGCAGAAGUCUACACAAAAACAGUAUUCAGAAAAUUUCAAGAGGAGCUGCUUGGUAGUCUUGCUUAUAUUGCAGAAGUAAAAGAAAAAGAUGGAACAAGCACCACCUACAAUGUAACAAAGUUUGGGCAAAAAACUAGAGCGCACAUUGUUAAGCUAGACGCUGCCAAUGUAAGAGCUACGUGCACCUGUCAGAUGUUUGAAUAUUCAGGGCUGCUCUGUAGACAUGUCUUGAUUGCAUUCAGAAUGCAAAAUAUUUUACGUCUCCCAUCUCAUUAUGUCCUGAAACGGUUUACCAAAAAUGCGAAGUUUGGGAUUGUAGUUGAUGGAAGCAGUGGCAGGUUGCUUGUUGAUUGUGAAGAGUCUUUUACUUUCCGAUUUAAUGAUAUCUGUAAUCUGGGGAUAAAGUUUGCUGAGGAUGGAUCAGCUUCAGCAGAUCUUUAUCGUGUGGCAUUACAUGCCCUUGAUAGGGCUUUUGAAGAUGUCGCGAGAAUGAAAAUGGCCCAGCUGUCACACUAAAUUGUCUUAUUUAUCUAGUUCAAGGGUGUACUCUCCAGGGAUCAUUCGAGAAAAAUGAAUUUAAUGGACAGCGCUCAGCGAGCAGCAUGGGUUCUCACUUGAAGAGUGAAGACUUGUAUAUUAAUAGCUGUGGAAGAUUGAGGCUAGUUUGCCCAUUGCAUCGUUAUGAAUCCAUCGUUGGAGAACUUCAAUGCUAUUUCUCGUCAAGCUUGUAAAGAUUCCUGUUGGCAAAUGAGAACAAGCACGUGCCUGUGAUGAAAAAGGUCCACAGUUUGAGGGAUAUGUUGCAAUAUUGUCAGAUGGAAGGUUCAUAUGAAGUCCAAACUUUGGUUCUUUUAGUUGGACUACUGGGUUUCAUGAUGUGAGCAUGUAAUUCACUCAUUUCCACAACUUGAUGCAUUGUGAAACACCUUUGUUGAUCUUCCUGUUUGUAAUAUUACUUGAGUUAUGUAACCAUCUGAUCAGAAUACUGCUAUUUCUGCUUAUUUUAUGGGAUACACAGAUUCUUUCCCUCUUUUACAAGAAUUUGGUUGUGAAGGGGAGGGAAAGAUGAAGAGGCAAAGUCGAAGUGCACAGUGAAUAAAUUGAAGGAAGAAAUUAUUUAUAGAAAACUUUCGCUUGUCAGAAAGUAAACUUUUGGGGGAAGAAAUCUCUUGUAGCAAUUAGUAGGUGGAUGUUGAUGUAUUCGAGCAGGUAAUUAUGAACUCAAUGACAGGCUAAAAUCUGCCACUCAAAUAUCAACCUACUCCAUUUCCUUCUUACGGUUAUGGGCUGCCUGCUUGCUAUUGUAUGUAAAUCCACGUGUUUGAUAUAGAUUAAAUUUAGUUGAUAUUGGUGAAAACGUAUUAAUGUAAUAAUUUGCUUCUA